AUGGAUUCCGAACGCCCUCAUCUCUCCAUCACCCUCCCCAGGAACUUCAUGUUCCACUUUCGCGAUGGGGCGGCUCCUCAAACGCCAGAGCCAGAGCCACAGGUUGCUGACCUUCAACCACCGCCUCCCCCACGACAGACGUUGAAGGUACGCCGUCGCCGCGCUACCCUCGUCCAGCAUCAGGUUGAAUUGGAUUUGUCCAUGCAAGAGAAGCCAAUCCCCACCAUCGAGGCAACCGACUUCCAUUUCUGUUCAUCAAACGCCCUUCCAUCUCCCCCCUCCGCUCUAGACAACGCCUACCUUUCACCCCCAACGAGUUUCGGUCGUCUCGUGUCACCGCCAAAGACUCCGGCUCACCAAGUAAGAACCAUUGACAUCUUUGAUGGCCCACAACACUGGGAUGACCUGGAAACAAACCGAAGUGAAACGUCCAGCAGACCUACUUCGUCUUCUGGCUUCUCCGACUCAUCCAUCUCGUCUCGUGGUAGUAUGUACUCGUACCUGUCGCGAGGUGGCAGCUGCACAAGCCCAGAAGAGGAAAUGUGCGAUCCCUUCUCUUUCGAUUCUCUGGAGAUGAAGUACAAUCAACCCAGCUCUCCGCUAGCAGCACACCAGCAACCUCGAUCAGCUAAAAAGCUGAAGUUGAGGGCCACCUUCACGGAAGAAAUGGACUUUCAUCUGUGGAGGACGUACAUGAAUUACCUUCAGGAUCCUACAGUAACGCCGUUCAAGGCUGUACCCCUUACAACACCACCGAACGGGGUUUGCCACCGCGUUGCCAGGAUGGCUCGCAAGACGUGGAAGGCACCGAGUGUGUCUCGUACUGCUGGUGUUCGCGCAGCUGUCCACUUCGGCUCACAUUCCGGGACUCCAGACACUGUCAAGGCCUUGAAGAGUGGCAGCACUACGCCAAUUGCAAGACCAAAUAAGUCUUACUUGCGAUACCCGACUGAGAAGCAGUGUCGAAAGCGACUUCGCGAUUUGGCCAGGCAAAGGCCAACCCUAUCUGCAUACUAUCAGCGUCUGCUCCAUCGAUCGCCCUCACCACUGCAAUCGUCGCCACCAUCGGACAAGUCAGAAGAACCUUGCGAGCCGCAGCCGCAGCCACAUCAGAAGCCACUUUCAUCUCCGUUUGGGCAAGACACAUCUUCCUUUACCUUCUCGACACGGGACAUGAAUGUAUCCUUGGCCACGAGUACAGCUGCAUCGAUGCAAAUGGGCAAUCCUCUGUCACAGCUAGCCAAUGACCUGACUCCCCGGCCAGAGCAAAAGAGCUGGUCAAGAGCGCGAUCGUCAGCGCAUCAGAAGUCGCAGUCGCUCCAUGUUGGGUUGGGACUCGGCCUGAGCAACGUUCUUGGCUCCCCUUUCCAGUCCUCAUCGACAGUGGAGAUGGCCGAUGCUGGCUCCAGCUCACACAACGCUCAGACGUGGCACGCACACACCGGCCUUCCGACACCACGACUUGGCUCACCUUUCCAGUUGCACGCCCCACGCCCCAAGUCACGAGUGUUCAAGCGACGGGCCCUUGCCAACAGCUUUGAAGACAAGACGCGGAACCGGGGCAACAGCACCGUGGACGAUAUCUUUGGUGCCCCAGCGGAGUCGAGUCAUCGUCGCGUGAGGAGUCGAGGCUUCAGCUUGGGUGACAUGAUGGAGGGCGCCGGCAGUCGACGGUUGCCUCUGUCGUCCAGUGGACCACCCGAGCUCAACCCCUUUGCCAACCUUCGUCCUCAGCUGCCCAGUCCUGUCCACACCUCGCCUGCUAUCAUGACUGAGGCCCACAGGCAAGGGACGUUUCGCCUAGGAACACCGUUCGGCGGUCGGCCGAGUAACACGUUUCCCCGAGCAUCCACCUCUUAUGGUGGCUUCGAGCCUCCGGCGUCGUUUGAGCAACGGUUCGCUGCGGCUCCCGCUCCAUCUGAACAUUAG